UUAUAUUUUACUGUCAGGUUGAAAUCACAAAAAGCCACCAAGCCAGAAAGAAGGGAAAGUAAAUUGUUUUUCCCAAAUGAUGUGACUACAAGUAUUAAGAAAACUAAUACACAGGGCAACAAUCCCACCACCCAAGUAGCCAGCCUUCUUCUACAAACCCCCCCGAUUAAAAGACGAAGCAAGAUGCGAACCCCAACCACUGGCGGUGUCAUGAACUUUGACCUUAUGACCCCGCAGUCGAUACUUAAGGUCAAGUUGCUCAAGGAAAAGUCUCCAUCACUGCCCUGUGUCUCGAAUAAAAGUAUACGAGGUGAUUCCACGGUUGCAUCCGGGAGUUUGACUUCGUUAAUUGAAUCGGAAGCUGGCGUUCCAAGGAGCAUGUUCACUAUUGCCACGCCCCCUGUAAAGAACUGGUGAAAAACUUUAAA